UCGCGGCAGGACUGAACUCUAACAAAAGUGCAGCGUUUUCACACUUUCAUCACAUUCACUGAAUCAAAAUCACCUCUUCUGUUCCCGAGAAGAAGAUAACAGGUUUGCCGCCAUGUGGAUUCAGGUGCGCACUAUGGAUGGUAAGGAGACCCAUCGGGUCGACUCCCUGUCCAAGCUCACCAAGGUGGACGAGCUGCGUGUGAAGAUCGCCGAACUCUUCAACGUCGAACCCGAGCGGCAGAGACUCUUUUACAGGGGCAAACAGAUGGAGGAUGGUCACACCAUAUUUGACUAUAACGUGGGUCUAAACGACAUCGUUCAGCUGUUGGUUCGGCAGGCGGUUGCAGCCACGGUGCUACCAAAAGACAAGGAGGCAGAGCUGUCGGACUCCGACUCCGGCUGCGGAUCGGCUCAGAGCGAGUCUGAUAAAGGAUCCACACAUGGUGAGAGCGACGUACAGAGCGCCGGAGCCUCCGGACAGACAGACACAGCAGACCUCAUCGACCCUGGCUUUGGCUUUUACAAGAUAAAUGAGUUUGUGGAUGCUCGAGACCUGAAUAUGGGUGCCUGGUUCGAGGCUCAGAUCGUCAAAGUGACGAAAACUCCAGCUGAAGAUGGAGGAGCUGAGGAUAUCGUUUACCACGUCAAAUAUGAAGAUUACCCAGAGAACGGUGUGGUGCAGCUGCGUGGGAAAGACGUCCGUCCGCGGGCGCGAACCGUGUACCAGUGGCACCAGCUGGAGCCGGGAAUGAUUGUGAUGGUGAACUACAACCCUGACGACCCCAAAGAGCGCGGAUACUGGUACGAUGCCGAGAUCCAAAGGAAGAGGGAGACGCGCACUCAGCGGGAGGUGUUCGGCAAGAUCCUGCUCGGGGAUGCUGGUGAUUCCCUGAACGACUGUCGCAUCAUGUUUGUGACUGAAAUCUACAAGAUCGAGGAGCCGGGAAGUGCCGAGGGUCCAGGAGCCUCUUCUGACAGCCCUCUCAAGAGGUCGAACGGUCCGGAGUGUAAGGUGUGCAAAGACGACCCGAAGAAGAACUGCCGCGUCUGCAACUGUCACGUGUGCGGCAUAAAGCAGGACCCCGACAAACAGCUGCUGUGUGACGAGUGCGACAUGGCCUUUCACACCUACUGCCUGAACCCACCGCUCACCACCAUACCCGACGACGAAGACUGGUAUUGUCCCGAUUGUCGUAAUGACGCCAGUGAGGUGGUUCUGGCCGGAGAGAAGCUAAAGGAGAGCAAGAAGAAAGCCAAGAUGGCGUCUGCCAGCUCGUCCAGCCAGAGGGACUGGGGGAAGGGUAUGGCGUGUGUGGGACGCACCAAACAGUGCACCAUCGUCCCCUCAAACCACUACGGCCCCGUUCCUGGAGUCCCGGUGGGAACACUCUGGAAAUUCAGGGUACAGGUCAGUGAAUCAGGCGUCCACAGGCCUCACGUGGCAGGAAUUCACGGCAGGAGCAAUGACGGCGCUUAUUCUCUGGUUCUGGCUGGAGGUUAUGAAGACGACGUGGAUGAUGGGAACGAGUUCACCUACACAGGCUCCGGUGGACGAGACCUGUCCGGAAACAAAAGGACGGCCGAGCAGUCCUGCGACCAGAAGCUGACCAACAUGAACCGGGCUCUCGCUCUGAACUGUAACGCAGCAGUGAAUGAUAAGGAAGGAGCUGAAGCUAAAGACUGGAAGGCUGGGAAACCGGUGCGAGUCGUGCGCAGCUCUAAAGGACGCAAACACAGCAAAUACUCUCCCGAAGACGGAAACCGAUACGACGGCAUCUACAAGGUGGUGAAGUACUGGCCGGAGAAGGGCAAGUCUGGAUUCCUGGUCUGGAGGUAUUUACUGAAGCGAAACGAUGAGGAAUCCGCACCGUGGACCCGAGAUGGAAAAGAGCGCAUCAAGAAACUGGGCCUCACCAUGCAGUAUCCUGAAGGCUAUCUGGAGGCUGUAGCUGCAAAAGAGAAGGAGAAAGAGAACAAAAACGAAGACGACAUUGAAGAAACGCCAACCAAAGGCAAGAGGAAGAGGAAAUCCCAGAGCAUGGAAGAGAAAAGCUCUCCGACCAAAGGGACGCCGAAGAAGAUGAAGGUGGAGGCGUACAAGCUGAGCAAAGAGCAGAAGGCGCUGAUCAAAGACGACGAGCUCAACAAGAAGCUGUGGGACGAGGCCAUGGAGUCGCUGAGUCUCGGGCCGCGCUUUGUUAAUAAAGUGGAGGAGGUUUUCCUGUGCAUCUGCUGCCAGGAGGUCGUCUAUCAGCCCAUUACUACAGAGUGCCAACACAACGUCUGCAGGGAAUGCCUUCAGAGAUCUUUCAAAGCCAAGGUCUACACCUGUCCGGCCUGCCGACACGACCUGGGCAAAAACUACCAAAUGGCGGUCAACAAACCCCUCCAAGCCAUCCUCACCCAGCUCUUCCCCGGAUACAGCAGCGGCCGGUGUUGACGAUGUCCAAAACGCGCCUUACAAUUCCACGAAUCAAAAUGCAUUUCGUGUUUUUAAAAUUAUUUUACAAAUACGUCAGGUUGUUGUAGCAUGGAUCGAAAAAUGUUGAUUCAGCCGCGCUACAGGAUUUGUGAUCUGACUGUCUAGCCACUCGACUUCUGUCCGUUGUAGUUGUUUUUUUUUUCUGAAUUGCGAAUUUACAAGUAAAGCUGAUUUCUCUAGCGAUCUAGAUGUGUUUUAGCUAUAGUUGCUUCAAUGACAUAUUGUCUUGUAUGCUACACACCAGCACAAUGAACUGCAGCUAUGCACAAUUACGAUGUUCGUUAACAUUUAUCGCAGUGAUUUUGUUAUUCUGAUUAAUUGUACAACAGCAUUGGAUUUAGAAUCCAGAUGAAUUGAUGCCGUUUUUCAGUUAGAACCAUAGCUAUGCAUAAUUACUAUGUUCGUUACCUGUUUCACAGUAAUUUGUAAGUUUACAAUGAUUUGUACGAAAACCCUGCCUUAAGAAUCCCGACCAAGUAAACUAGCUGCAAACUUAGUCGCAAACAUAACUGUGCAUAGAUGGUUCAUUCGUAAAUUUAGUUAGCGCUAAUUUAGUUUGCGUCUUAAACAGCGUGUGGCAUUUAACGUCUUUACCACAAUAUUGUUAGUGUUAAGUAAAUUGAAAUGAACAGUAUGUGAUGUUUGACGUUUUUACCAUAACAUCGUUACUGUUAGCUAAAUUUGAAUCAACAGUGUGCUACGUCUGACUUUUUUAUAAUAGCAUUGUUACCGUGUUUGUUUACCUUUUUGUCCCCGAAAUUUUUCAUUACAAUCAAUUGUACGAAAUAUAUGCCUUUAGAAUCCCGACCAAACGUAACCGUAUAGCUAGUUCAUUUCAGUUUAGUUGGUGCUAAUUUAGUUUGCCGCAUCGUUUGACGUUUUUACCAUAACAUUGUUCGUAUCAAGUAAAUUGAAAUGAACCAUUUAACGUUUUUACCUUAACAUUGCUACCGUGUUUAUUGACCAAUGUUAUUUGCAAAAACUUGUCAUUUACAAUUCGUAUGAAAACCCUGCCUUUAGAAUCCCAACCAAACUAUCUAUUUUCAAACUAAAUUAGUCACAGAUGUAACCGUGCAUAGUUUAUUUCAAUUAAGGUAACGCUAGUUUGCGUUUUUACCAUAACAUUGUUAGCUUUAAUGAAAUUGAAAUGAACAGUGUGACAUUUGACAUUUUUUACCAUAACAUCAUUAGUUAACCAAUUUAAAAUGAACAUUGUUGACAUGAAAUUAAGUGUGCAUUUUUUUUUUUACCAUAACAUUGUCAGCAUUUACUAAUGUAAAAUAAACUAGCUAUGCAUGAUUCGUUUCUAGUUUGAGGUGCCAAAAUUUUUAUUUUACCUUCUUUGCCGCUUACUAAAUUUAAUUGGAGUUUCUAUGCAUUGUUGCAAUGUUGCGAUGCUAAUCUCCCAAUAAGCUUUAUGAACAUCUAUAUUUCUUCAUUUAUGACAUUAACACAACUUUGUGACUAUUUGUGUUUCACGUGUUACCAUCGUUAGUGUUAACAUUGUAUAAAUGAGCUAGCCAUCCACUUUUCUCAAUGUUUGUAAUGCUAAUCUCCCAACUUUUCAGAGCAAUAUUUUGUUAUUUAAGUUUAACGAAAUUUUGUACGAGUUAAGAGUUAAAUUUUCUAUUACGGUAAUGAUUGUUGUAUCAUCUUUAGCAUUAGCUAUGCAUUACCGCAAUGCUAAUCUGUAUUUUUCCACAUGUAUUCUUUUCUCUUGACGCUAACACAACUGAGGAAAAUUUCAAAGCGCAAACCUUUUUGUUACCAACAUUAGUUCUAACUGAAUUUAUAAGCUAGCUAUGAACUAUCAGUGUUCGCGAUUCUAAUCUCCUAGAUUGUUAUUGCUUGUAAUGCAUUCACUUGACGUUAAUAAGCUUUUAUAUCGGUUUUGAGCCAUGUCUAAAUGUGCAGCAGUAGCAUUUUUACUGUACUAUUGUUAACGCUAACUAAAUAUUCGGAUAAACUAGCUAUGCACUGUUAUGAUGUUUCCGUGGCUAAUACUCCAACUCUUCACAAAUUUAUGGUGCCGUAGCUUUACUAGCACACAGAAACGUUUGUUUACGUUUCGACUUUAUUAAAUCUUUUUAUAUUCUAUUGCCGUUAUUGGUAACUAACUAAAUUUAACCUUAAAUUGAUUCAUUUUUAACCAAAUAGUAAUUUACGCAAAUAAAACUUUGAACUUAUACUUUUCGUCUCACCCAUUUUGAUACGCGAUUAAAAUUUUUAUAUGCUCUGAAGUUAUUAGAUAUCCCACUUUGUUUGUUAUUUGCUUUGCUGUUUAACUGCUGUAUGUCCUUUUAGAAGUGGAGUGUCAUUUUCACACUAACUUUUGCCGUUAUGCAAACAGUAGUCAUGUGCGCGAAACUAGUCCACGAUCUGUAUUUCAGGUGCAUUUUUGCGUCGAUCCUGGAUCUGGUUUUAAGCGUCUUGAUUUUACAAAGGUUUUCGAGGGUAAAUCCUUAAACCAUUUUUCCGCACAAAGCCCCAACAGUUUUUCAUUCAGGAAGUAUUUAAGUGCAUCGUCUUUUUCGCCUUGAUGUUUUUCGCUUGUUACUAUAGUAUUUGCUAAAUAAAUGCCUAAUGGCUGCAGAUAA